UUUUCACCUGUAUCUGGUUCUGCAAUGUUAUUCCUUUUUUUCUUGGUUUAUUUUUAAUAAGUUUUCAUUAGAAUAAAAUUCAAAAUAAAUAAUAACUUUAGUAAUAUUUAAAGUAUGAGUUAAAACCCUACGUACAAUAAACCAUCCGCACAAAUGGAACAAACAAUCAACAAAAAGCUACAAGGCUUCCAAUUGAUUGCCCAAGAGAAACUUCAAUCCAUAUUGUGUUCAAUACCAAAUAAAAAAGACCUUAUUUUAGAUGCAUCUCUUAUUAAACCAUUGGAACACAUAUGUGCAGCAUCUUGGUUAAAGUUAAAAGGAAUCCAGCGCAUCUACAAGCUUGACCCUGAGAACACCAUCGCAAGGCAAGAUAAUGUGCAGGUUUUUAUGAUAGCCAACACAUUAUCCACUUACCGGAAAGUUCUCAAUCAGAUUCAUGCUCAUGAAAGUUCUAAGCCUUCCGACAAGAAUAGCGGCUUCAAGAGUUUUCACAUAAUUUGUGUGCCUAAUUGUUAUAUGUGUUUCCAAACACUGCUCGAAGAAGAAGGACUUUUUGGUAUUGUGCAGUUGCAUCGAUUCAAUUGGGACUUGAUUUAUCUGGAUAAUGGUGUGCUUAGCAUGGAAGUUCCUCAAGUUUUUAAAAGCGUUUUUAUCCAUCAUGACACUUCAAUAUUGUCGUCCAUGUCUCAAACUCUACGCAUCUUCUUUAUGAUAUGCGGCAAACCAGAGCUCAUCUUAUCCUACGGCCAACAUUCGGAAGAGAUCCUAAAGAUGAUAGACAAUUUGGGGCCUUGGCCAUCGGCGGCUAGUCGCUCUGAGCCGAGUGAUUUCUCAUCCAUGGUUAUAAUAGAUCGGGAUAAGGAUUACCCUUCAAGUCUUCUAACACCAGCCAUUUAUUCAGGGCUAUUGCUAGAGGUUUUAAAAUACCGCGCAGGAGAGGUUGAAAUUUCAGCUAAUUCAAAUAAAAUCUCCGUUCAAAAACUAAAGAUUUUUGAAAUUCCUCGUGAACAAAUUCAGCCCCCUACAAAUGUGAAAGAAAAAACUCCAAUUAUUCGACUCUGUUCGGCCACCGAUGAAAUUUAUGCCGAGAAUCGCUAUCGACACUUCUCCCAAGCUAGCAGUAUGAUAAAAGCACAAGCAAAAGCCAUAGGCGUCGAGGUUCAGAGUAUAAAUAAAAUGAAAAUAGACGAAAUGCAAGAUUAUGUGUCCAGAAAGUUGCCGAAGGUAACGGAAUUGAAAACCAAAGUCCUCAGACAUCUGCAAGCAAGCGAAAAAGUCAUAGCCGAAAUGGCUGGUUCAUUCCAACAGGUCCAAUCGCUCGAAGAAGACAUUCUCAACAAUAACAAUCGUAAAAAGCUUCUUACAGAAAUUGAUGAGGCUCUAACUACUAAUGGCCAAAAGUACAACAGCAUUCGCCUUAUGUGUCUUGCCCACUUGUCGAUGGGUUUCAGUUCGGAAGAAUUGGCCACCUUUAUACGGAACUACUGUAAUUAUUUCGGGCAUCGGUACUUGCAUGUGUUCCACUAUUUAGCUAAAUCUGGCCUCUUACCUCCUAUCGAAGAAGAGAAGAUGGGCAAAUCAAAAAUACUUUCAAACUUACCACUAGGCAAAUUUCAACAGACCGAAUUCCAGGCAAAUGCAAAUCGCCUCAGGCUUUUAGUUUCUACAGCGGGGGCAGAAUCCAGCUAUUCUCGUGACCACGAAGGCGGAGUCACUUGUCCGAGUUAUGUCUUCAAUGGACUAUAUAUCCCACUCAUUGCUCAGUUGGCUUCGAUUUUGGUUAAGGCCACUGGAAUCGAUGAUCUCGCCUUGAAACUGGGAAUGGUUGAGAAAAUACAGUUGCAUUUGCAAUCCCUGCCUGGUGUUACUAAUAUAAAACAAGUUCAAGCAAUGCUUAAAAAAGGCGACGGCAAUAGUGUGCUUCCGAUGAAAUCAAAGACAGUUUUUGUGUUCGUUGUUGGUGGUGUUACCUAUGCAGAAAUUGGUGCUUGUGAGCUUAUUGGACAGCUAACUGGUUCAAAAAUUGUUGUUGCUUCGAAUCAUAUAAUCUCUGGAUCCGAUGUGAUAGCUUCUGCCUUUUAGAGAUCCGUACAUAUGCCUUUUUAUAUUUUUCUUUUUCUUUACAAUUUAGUCUCUCUUGAAAAAAAUCGAAUAUUUUCAUAUAUACAAAUAUAUAUUUAUAUUAGCUAUUAUUUUGUUAAAUAAUAAAAAAGACAUUAGCAACUGUU